UCGCACUUGCUUAGAUUUCUCAGUCGUGUUUUGGCUCUUCGAGAAAUCAGAACGCUUGGCAAACAAAUAAAACACACAAAGGCACAGAGACAUGUUCGCAAAUUCGGAAUCCCCCAAGGCCACCCCCUGCAUUGGGAUAAUGUGCAUCGACGUGGCGCAGUGGCUGGAGGCCGAGUACGGCAAGAAGUGGCACAGUUAUCUGGCGGCCUCAUACGUGAAGCAGCUGGAGGCCGCGGGGGCGCACGUUGUGCCCGUCUGGAUUGGCCACAAUCGUUCCUACUACGACUCGCUGAUGAAUCAACUGAACGGCAUCCUCCUGCCCGGCGGGGCCGUCUUCAUCGAUGAGGCCGACAGGCAGUCGCGGCCCGACCUGACCAACGACUGUGUCCGAACGGCGGAUCUCAUCUACCAGCUGGCCAUGGAGCGGAACAACGGGGCCGGCGACCCCGAGGGAUACUUUCCGCUGUGGGGCACGUGCCUGGGCAUGCAGCUGCUGCUGAUCAACGCCGCCCAGAGCACCAAGGUGCGCACCAAGUGCCAGUCAAUGAGGAAGGCCCUGCCCGUGUGCCUCACCGAGGACUACCGCCAGUCGAAGCUGUUCAUGGACCUGCCGGAGGAGUGCUUCGCCAGCCACCAGCACGGCUACUGCAUCACCAGGGAGAGCCUGCAGGAGUACGGCCUGACCGCCGACUGGCAGCCCCUGGCCCUGCAGAAGGACCCCGCUGGCUGCGAGUUCGUCAGCCUCAUCGAGCACCGGCGCUUCCCCAUUUUCGGCUGCCAGUUCCACCCGGAGCGGGCCGCCUUCGAGCAGCUCUACGCCUGCGAGGACACCAGCAGCCAGGCCCAUUCCCGCGAGGGCAUCGAGCUCUCCGAGCGCCUGGCCGGCCGCUUCGUCGACGCCUGCCGCCGCAACCGGAACCGAUUCGCCAGCGCGGAGGCCAAGUCGCGGCAUCUCAUCUGGAACUGGCAGCCCGAGUUCUGUGGCAAGCACAAGGGCUCCAACUGGCUGCAGUGCUACCUCUUCGAGAAGGACGUGGCCUAUCCGAAGUAGGAAACGAGAGGACAUAUUGAAGAUACUCAAAGCAAAUGCUGUUCCUUAUACUAGCCAAUAAAUUAAUAAAGCUUUGCCUUUUGGCCCUUUUCCCUGUUA